AUGAACACACCCAAACAGGAGCCGAUGGAUCCUGCUUCGGUUCGAGAUUUAAUGGCUGCUGCACAAAAACAGAUUCAAGUUCGCCAGCAAGAACUCAAUUUUAAAACACCAGUAGCACCACAGCAACGUUCUAUCAACGUUCAGCGAUUAGCUGAACUGAAUUCACGUAUAGCGAAUACAAUGGGGCAACUGUUUCAAGCCAGCCAAGAUGAACGUGAAAGACCAAUUCAUGUCAAAAUUGAUAAAGAGGGUCGUACAAUCGAUACGAGAACAGGAGAGAUUUUACAAAUGCAAAGUCGUAUGCCAACACUGAAGGCUAAUAUUCGCGCUCAAAAACGUGAAGUAUUCAAGCAAGAAUUUAGUAAAGCAACACAAUCAACAGCCUAUGAUAUGGGAAUUGAUGACAAUGGAUUACAUUUUGAUGCACGAUUAGGUAUGCGACCAACACUUCGUAAUCGUCGUCAACUGGCAUUUAAUGCGCGUGGAAAAUAUGAAGAAAUUGCUAAUCGCAUGCGUGCAAAGUCAAAAUUAGAGAAAUUACAGCAAGAAAUUUCACAAAUAGCAAAAAAGACGGGUAUUGCAGUUGAAAACAAAAUUACUGUUAUACAGCCAAAAAAAUUUUUUUCCGAAACAGAAGUACCUGAUAUUGAAUGGUGGGAUUAUGUUAUACUUCAACAAUCCAGUUAUGCAGCAGUGUCAAUUGGAACUAGUGUAGAAACUAUGCUUCAUGGUAUAACAAAAUUAGUUGAACAUCCAACUCAAUUAAAACCUCCGUCUGAACCAACCAAACCAAUACUUUUGCCUGUUUUACUGACAAAACGUGAACAAAAGAAAUUAAGAAGACAGAAUCGUGCUGAAGUACUUAAAGAACAACAAGAGAAAAUUCGUCUAGGUUUAAUUCCACCUCCAGAACCAAAAGUUAAAAUAUCAAAUUUAAUGAGAGUAUUAUGUUCGGAUGCCGUUCAAGAUCCAACAAAAAUUGAACAAUAUGUACGAAAUCAAAUGGCAAAACGAUUGAAAACACAUGAAGAAGCAAAUGCAGCUCGAAAAUUAUCUGCCGAACAACUUCGAGAAAAGAAAUCAAAACGUUUGGAAGAAGAUACGAGUACUGGCGUUCAUGUAGCUAUAUAUCGUGUCAAAAAUUUGGAUGAUCAAGCAAGAAGAUUUAAAGUUGAAACAAAUUGUAAACAAUUGCAUAUGACUGGUUGUGUUGUACUUUGUAAAGAUAUUAAUGUUGUAGCAGUUGAAGGAGGACCAAAGCAACAGAAAAAAUUUCGUCGACUAAUGUUACAACGCAUCAAAUGGAAUACACCACAGAAAGGACAAGUGACAAAUCAAGAUGAUGAUGAUCAUGAUGAACAAACACAAGAUAUAAAUAAAUGUGUUCUUUUGUGGGAGGGUACAGUGAAAGAUCGUUCAUUUGGAGAAAUGAAAUUUAAAAAUUGUCCAACAGAAAAUUUUGCACGUGAAUAUUUUCGUCGACAUGGCGUAGAACAUUAUUGGGAUAUCGCUCAUAACGAUUUUGUCUUAGAUUCUUCUGUUGAUUAA